AUGUACGAGUUUCUCAAUUCUUCUCCUUCCGCGCAGCCUCUCAAUCCACACUUGACCUUUAAACAAUCCUCUUCAUGUGUUACGAUCAAUUCCUAUACUUUUCUCGAGAAUAAUGACCACACUUCUACUACGUCUUCUCCUUCUACACCCUCACGCGCCGCCCAGCUGCUACGUCGAGGACUGAACUCCCCUAUUGACACACGUUCUUCGCCUUCUAGCAAUGCGCGUACCCGUGGCCAAUUCAAACCGCAGCGGGCAAACAAAGGAACAUCAAGCUAUCAGCUGAGACAGUUCGCCGAAGCGACACUAGGCAGUGGAAGUCUGAGAAAAGCUGUCAAGCUACCUGAAGGCGAGGAUCUGAACGAGUGGCUGGCUGUCAAUGUCGUCGAUUUCUACAACCAGAUCAACCUCCUCUAUGGGUCCAUCACAGAGUUCUGCUCGCCGCAAUCAUGUCCAGAGAUGAAAGCCACAGAUGAAUUUGAAUAUCUAUGGCAAGAUGCCGCCACCGGCUACCCGAAACCCACCAAGAUGCCUGCCCCAGAAUACAUCGAGCACCUCAUGACCUGGGUCCAAUCCAAUGUCGACAACGAAGCAACCUUCCCCUCGCGCAUCGGUGUCCCUUUCCCGAAACACUUCCCAUCAACAGUCCGCCAAUUGUUCAAGCGUCUCUAUCGCGUCUACGCACACAUUUACUGCCACCACUACCAAGUCAUCGUCCAUCUCGGUCUCGAGCCGCAUCUCAACACCAGUUUCAAACACUAUGUACUCUUCAUUGAUGAGCAUGGUCUCGAGAAGGGUGGUGGCAAGGACUAUUGGGGCCCAUUAGGCGACCUGGUCGACAGCAUGUUGAAGAGUGAUUAG